AUGAAAAUAUCUUAUAAAAUGUUUCUAAGUAAAAUAUUUAUAUUCAUACAAUUUUUUUUUUUAACUUUUUUCAAUAUUAAAUGUAUUAAAAGAACAAAAUUAAAGAAUCACCUAUAUUUUAAAAAUAAUAACCAUUUCAAGAAAAUAAAUAAUAAGAAUACUAAGUAUGGGUUCAUAGGAUUUCAUAGCAAGAAAUAUUAUUCAUUAAAUAUAAAUAAAAAUGGAACAAUUCAAAAUAAGGACACUAUGAAAAAACAUAAACUAAAUAUUAUAUAUUUACAAAAUUCUGAAAAACCAAUAAAAGAGUUUAAAAAUAUUUCUUUGAAUGAAAAAGAUAAAAAACAUCUAUGGAAUAAAUUAAUUAAUAAAAUAAUAGUUAAUAAAGUUAUCUUAACAAAAUAUUUCCUUGCUGGAACUUUUUGUUUAGCUUCAUUUUCAUUAUACAAAUUUUUGUUAAAUAAAAAAAUUGAACUUGUUAUUAAAAAUAUCUUUAGAGAAAAGUUAUUAUUUAUGAAUAUUCCAAAAACAAGAAAACAUUACUUUUUAUCCAUAUCUUUAGCUGAAUUUAGAUCAUCACCUUUGUUUUUUUCAACAAUUUUAAUUGCAUCAUAUUCUUUAUAUAUUAUCUUAAAAGUUUACGUGGAAAAAUAUAAAGAAGCAAAAAGGAUUAAAUCAGCAAUUGAUGCUUAUAAUAAAAAUAAAAAUGAAUACAUAAAUACAGGUGUAGAUUCUACAAAUGAAAAUGAUAUUGAUUAUUUUGAUAAAUUAGAAGAAAAUAAUGAUUUUAAUAAACAAGAAGAAGAUUUUUUUUAA